AUGAAGUUCCUUGCAGUUCUAGCACUCCCUGCCCUUGCGCUGGCAUCAACGGGGGCUCCGGCUAAGCGAGAUUCGUGGGGAGGCAGCGUCUCCCUUGGUCCUUCAAAAUCUACCAUUACCAAGGCCGUUACUACGAUCGUCCCUGGCGCCGCUCCUCCAACCCAGAACGGCGAGUUGUUCCUUUGGCCUGGUAUGAGCAAUGGAACCGGCGACCUCGUCCAGACUACUCUGGAAAGCUGGCCAAGCAAUGCCUGGUGCGGAGCGAAAACCGGCGAAUGGUGUGUGCGCGCUAGUCUUUUUGGAAGUUUUGGCCAGUUGGAUGGCGAGGCCGGUAUUGUUAAAGGACAUGACCACGUCCGCAUUGAGUACCUCUUGCUCGAAGAUGGAGAGACCUGGCUGCAAAACGUUACCCGGGUUAGAACCGGUGCUGUCCUUUCGACUUUUACCCAUAAGUCUGGACCUUAUAUGACCGGAUAUGGUACAGGAACUGAGUGCGACGGCGGCUGUACCGGCACUGUCAACCCCCAGAAGUAUUUGAACACCGAGAUCACUUUGGCAUCUGCAGAUGAGACCUUCGGUAGCACCAUCGCCUCGGCUGGUGGCGCUACAUACACUGGUCUCAGCUCCAGCGAAGAUGGUAAGGUGUGGACCAUUAAAACCAUCAACGUCCCAGCUAUGAGCUCGUAG